AAUUGUUGGGUCCUCUCUCUCUCUUCUCUCUUCUCUCUAUAGGGCCAUUGUCGUCUCUCGUGGUCGUGGGUUCCCACUAGCAGCUUUCUUGUCUUCCUCCAUUGGUUUCUCUCCCCUUUUCUUUUCCUUCAAAUCAACCAAAACAGAGGGUUUGUGAAUUGAGGAAAAAGCAAUCAGAUGGCUCAACAGAGACAGUUUCAGAUGGAAGGUAAUCAUAAUAGUAGUGGUGGUACGAACGAUACCAAGUUGACGAAAAUCUUCGUGGGAGGAUUAGCCUGGGAGACGCAGAGAGAUACAAUGAGGCGUUACUUUGAACAGUUUGGUGACAUUGUUGAAGCUGUUGUCAUUACUGACAAGAACACUGGAAGAUCCAAAGGAUAUGGAUUUGUGACGUUUAAGGAAGCUGAAGCAGCCAUGAGAGCUUGUCAGAAUAUGAAUCCUGUGAUUGAUGGAAGAAGAGCUAAUUGCAACCUCGCUUGUCUUGGUGCUCAGAAACCUCGUCCUCCUACUUCUCCUAGACAUGGAGCAGGGAGAUUCAGAUCGCCAGGAUCAGGAGUAGGAUUAGUUGCUCCUUCUCCUCAGUUUCGAGCCUCUUCUUCUUCCUCUGCUUUUGUUCAUCAGCACCAACAACAACAACACACUGGUCAAUUCCCAUUUCCUUACCCUGCUGCUUACGGAUUUGCUGGUUAUUCUCAAGAGGGAAUGUACCCAAUGAACUACUACAAUCAUCAUCUCUAUGGAGGACAGCAGUUUUCACCAUAUGUGGGACAUCCAUCAUCAGGAUCAACAGGAAUGUACCAUGGCUAUUAUCCAUUCUAUGCUCAAUACAAUGCAGCACAAAGUAGCAAUCAAGCUCAAGCUCAAGCUCAACAUCAUCAAGGUUCCAGCUUUCAAUACACUGCUCCACCUCCUCCUCCUCUGCUGCAAUAUCCUUACUUGCCUCACCAGCAACACUUUAGUUCUCAGCAGCAAUUCAGCUCUCAGCAGCAGCCUCCGCCUCCAGUCCUCUCCCUCCCAACCUCUCUAGCUCUAUCAUUGCCAUCAUCUUCAUCACCAUCCUCUACAACUUCCACCUCAGCUGCAACGACAGCAGCAACAAAAACAGUAGUUAUUACUACAGCGACAAAGAAUGCAGCAGCAGCAGCUGAAACAAGCAGCACCAAAGAUGGCCAUGAAGCAGUAACAACAUCAACCAUCAAGAUAGAAGAUUGAUUCAGUACUACUACUACAAUAGCCAGAGCAAGGGACAAACUUCAGUGUACACUAACUCAUCAUCAAUCUCUCCAACAACGUUCUAGAAACAUUCAUUCAUCGGUCUUAGGAGUCUAUAAUCUUAAUUAGUACUACUUAGGAGGAGGAAGGAAGAAGAAGAAGAAGGAAACAAUCAUAUCACAUUCUUUGUUUUUUUUUUUUGGUUAUUUCAAGAUUCAUAUUGCAUUUUAGGUUAAAGAAUCAAGAGAAGGCAUUGGUUGCUUUUUUUUAGAUUCUUAGAA